UAGAGAUUGGUUCCCAUCUUUACAGGAGUAGGGGUCAAAGUUGAAUGUUUGACAGAAAUCUAAACAUGGAUUCCAUAUUUCAUGAAAAACAAGAGGGUUCCUUAUGUGCCCAGCACUGCCUCAACAACCUUUUGCAGGGGGAGUAUUUUACCCCUGUAGACCUGUCCUCAAUUGCUCAUCAGCUUGACGAAGAGGAGAGAAUGAGAAUGGCAGAAGGAGGUAUGGGUAGUGAAGAGUACAGGACCUUCUUACAGCAGCCAUCUGGAAACAUGGACGACAGCGGAUUCUUUUCAAUACAAGUAAUUAGCAAUGCUCUCCGAGUGUGGGGAUUGGAGUUAAUUCUCUUCAAUAGCCGGGAGUACCAGAGCUUGAUGAUAAAUCCAAUAAACGAGAAGGCCUUCAUUUGCAAUUAUAAGGAGCAUUGGUUCACCAUACGCAAGCUUGGACAACAGUGGUUUAACUUGAAUUCACUCUUGACUGGACCAGAGCUGAUAUCAGACACAUAUUUAGCUCUUUUCCUGGCACAGCUACAACAAGAAGGAUAUUCCAUAUUUGUGAUCCAAGGGAAUCUUCCCGAAUGUGAAGCAGAGCAGAUUCUCGGAAUAAUGCGGGUUCAACAACAGCAACGGCCCAGGCUAAUUGGAGAGGAUGAGGCUCAGACAAGUUCAGGAAGCAGAUCCGUUGCUCGGGGGCAAAUGGACGUUGUAUCAGAUGAGGCUGUGGAUGACGAUGAAGAACUAAAGAGAGCUCUGGCACUCAGCAGACAGGAAAUGGAUGUGGAAGAUGAAGAAGCUGACCUUCGCAGGGCCAUUCAGCUCAGCAUGCAAGGAUCAGGCAUGAGUAACAAAUCUUCAGAGUCUGAUGUGGGAAAUGUGAAAUCCGAAAAACGGACUGUACAGAGUUCUACAUGUGGAGAUAAACCAGGCCAGAAUGAGACACUUACUGCUGAGGAGCUGAGGAAGAGGAGACAAGCUUAUUUUGAUCGGCAAGCACAACCAAGCAUUCCACGACAGUUAGAAAGUCAUGCAACCAGUGACUCUGAAAAAUCCAACUCUAUGGAGGACCAACAAGAAAAAGACACCAAAUAAAGUUGUGAAAGCUUUGCUGCUUUUGUCUACCAACGCUCUGAACUUGAAACCCUGUACAGGGGUUGGCUUCUCUCCAUUCUCUAACCUUUUGCAAACGCAAACAUACUGCAGCCAGAAGGCCGACACAUGGUUUCCUUCGCUGGGUUUGCUGAUGGGCAAGGGAAAGGCAGCACUUGGUCAAAUCAGACCUCAGUGUGGUACAGAGAUGGGGGAAAAGGGUGAUCGCUGGACUUAAAAAUGACUCAUAAUGUAGUUAUUCCAAGUUUUCAAUGGCCUUUUUUUAUUUUACCAUAGAGCCUUCUAUUUCUUUACAUUCUGGUUUUUGUUGUCUUAAUUUUUUUUGAAAACAUAAAGAGAAAAUGAAUGAAAAAUGGGUUAACUUUUAUGAAGUUGGAUUCUAACAAGAUGAAUGAAUGAAAGCCAUAAGAGACCAAUGUUUUAAUCAUUCGUUAUAUCUUUGUGGAUAACAGGGUGUCCCGCCGUAUACAUGGGUUUGUGGAACACACGUGGAACGGAAAACCUAGCCCAACCAGAGUUACCAUUUGUUUUUCUGAUGACCAUCAGUCAUUUUUUUAUUUCUUUAAAACUUUACUGGAUAUUUUGUGACCACAUAAUCUCUCAUGUGUUUACAAAGAAACAUUUUACAGUUUAGGUAUAUUAUAUAUUUUCCCAGAAAACAUAAUUUCCACGUACACGUAUUAUUUAUUUAUUAGCAUACACAAAUAACAACAGAAGGAUUUUCAAAUUGUUAAGUAUCACAUACUGUAGAUCCUAGAAAUGUUUCCUUUCUUCACCCUUGACCAAACUUUGGCACAUUUGCAUUCUCCUUAAUUGAGAAUCAGUCAUUUUCUUUUACUGCAUUUGAGCAAUUGUUUUGAAGAGUUUUUGUGAUUUUUAUGAUUAAAGCACUGUUAAUAAAAAUACUUUCUCUGUGGGAAGGUCUUUUAAAAAAAACCUGACAAGUUACAUGAUAUCAAUCAUAUAACACUUGAUUUGACCACAAAUGUCCCUUUUAAGUAGUUUAUGACAACUGCAUGAGUUUAUAAUUGAGGGUUAUGAAGGGGGAAGGUCAGUGUAAACAUUUUUCUGGUAAAUCUUUUAGAAUUGACAAAAAGAAUUAAUGACCUCAAAAAUUCAUGCAAUUUAUGCUUUUUCUUUUAAUGAAAUUAGCUUUUUUUAUUUUAUGACUUAUGCAUGUCUUUUUAUGUAGGGAAUUCUGUGUAACACUGAAGAUCUGUAUCAGAUUUUAACUUUCAAACACUUGAUAUUUCUAAUAACUUCUAUUUUUGUGGACCCUUGAUGCCUCAAACUCAUUCUGUUUCUUUGUUUGUUUGUUUGUUUUAGUUAAUGGCCUUGUUGUGCAUACUUUCCUGGAUCAUGUGUUUGGUUUUAUUGUUAAUAUUUUAAUUUUCAAUCACAAUUGCACUUGUAUUCGCCUAUAAAAUCUGGGUUGUUAGUUUUUGCAUUACUAGCAGUGAAUGCCAUCACUACAUUUUUAUCUUUGUUUGAUGUUGGCACAACUCUUUCUCUUCUUUAUUGAUUCUUUUUGAUUUGAAUUUUGUUUGAUGCUUUAUUUUCCAGAAAGCUCAAUUUAACAUUCACCAUGACUUGCACAUUGCCUCAUCUUAAAAUAAAUUUGGAAAUGCAUUGAGUUUAA